AUGUUAUCAGGAGGAAUCCCGGUUGAGACCAUGAUCUUCUAUAAACCGUCAAUCGUUUUGACCGCAGUGCUCUGCGCCGACCUUGCCGGAGCUCAGGACUAUGUCGGCCCAAACUUCGAAAGAUGUCGAAAACGAGUCACCAGCAUCUUGGAGGGAAAGGAGGAAUGGAACGGCAUCAACAACGUGACCGUAGAGCAGUACAUAUACCGUGGUGCCGUUCGGGGGAUGAACUCCGAGUAUGAGCAAACUUCCAGAGAUAAGUUCAUCACCAUCACCACCGAGGGUUGCAAGGUGCUCUGUGAGAGCCCUGUCGACUUUUAUUGGCACUCGGAUAUCACGACCACCCUCAGCAUCAUUUCCAACUGGAUAUUGCCUAUCAUGGCCUUGCUUUCCGCUCUUCCAUACGAUUCCUUGCACCGCAGGACGGCCGGGGCACCGUGGUGGCAGACCAGGAUCAUGGGGACCCUUCGCGCCCUGCUUAACUGGCUCGGGUCUCCCGAGACCGCCCUUACAAACACAUUAUUCAACAUCCAUCAGAUGCACGAAUGUUUAGCUGAAACCAAGUCAUCAGGCCAAGGCAUUUCGGGCAACAGCAACCUGCGGUCACUCAAGAUGGAUGCCUAUUACGUGCUCAGUUGCAUAGGCCAGUUCAACAUGCCCGAUUUAAGCAGUGACGAGUUUUUGGAGCCCCUCGUCUACGCCUUAUUUAGGGGCUUUGUACACUUGAAUGCUGGAGAGGCAGCCGCUCAUGCCCAAUCCACGACGUACCCGCCAGCCGGCACUACACCAGAUCAAAGGGAACGGUCGGAGCAAGCGAAGGUGUGGACGAGAGAACUUCUUCAAGAAAUGGCGUUUCAACUCAGGAUGCUCCGUCGUCGAGGAAUCUACCCAUCACUUGUCAAUGUGUUCCUCUUCUGCGUCGCCUACGCCAUGGCCGUCGUCCUGGCUUUUAGCGAUGUUGGCGAAAGAACCACAGCUCACGCUUUGGCUCUAGGUAUCCUAGUCAGCUGGCUGCCGCUGCUUGUCUUAUUUUCCAUUCUGGACCGGAAUCCCAUGUCGGCCGAUCGGAGCAGGAAGUUGAUGUCUCGAUGGCUGUGGAACGCCGACGCAAUCCGUCGGUGGGAGAAAGGUUCGGGAAUCCCUGCUUCCCAGACUCCGCCGCCAGUCAUGCCGGCGGGAGGUCCGCCUGCGUCACCGGACUGGUGGACAUGGAACAAAGAAGAGAAUUUGCGCGCGUUGCAGUUACCGCCCGGUCAAACGCCUCUAUUUGGUCCCUUUCAGCAGCCGGUAAGAUUCGACCCCUUCAUUGGAGAGUUUGUUGGCCAAGGAAGACAAAUGGGCUACCAUGGUCUGGCUUUUUCUGUUGUGCACAGUGUCUAUGACAGCCACGGAACCGAUCGACGGAUGAGGUCCAUUCAGGAAAUCGUGGAACAUACGCGUGUCAGGCUCGAUGGACCGCGGCCCUGGGCGUGGUGGAGGAUGGCAAUCAUUUCACUGACGAUAGUUUGGCUCUUUGCCGGAAUGGCAUUUAUGAUCUCAUACAACACUCCUACUGUCGGUUUCGCUUGUCGGUCUGGGUCCUACACAGUGUACGGCCUUCUUACCUUCGGUUCCUGGUUGUUGUCAUUGCUGCCUUGUUACAAACACCCUGAUAAUUGGAUGAGAGCCGUGGCCCAUGCCUUCAAUGGACUGGCGCUUCUCACCCUCAUACUCAUCAUCUUCGCCUCCUUCAGCGGUAUUUUCAACAACUGCAUAUGCAAGGGAGGGCUGGCUGGAUACUUGGACUUUGAGAGUGCAGAGUUCUACCGGAACCCAAACCAUUUCAACGUCUAUAAAUGGUGGAUGGCCGGUGCUAUUGUGGGUGCUUUGCCCAUAACCUUCAGCUUGCUUAGGGCAGCUUGGUUGUUGAUUCAACUGAAGCCUCUGUGGCAGGCUUCGGAGCAACACAACCCACAUGUGCGCAACCCCGGAGUUGAUAUGAUCUGGUUAAUUUAG